UGGUGUUUGUUACUGAAAUACAGAGAGCUUUCCCAUCUCGCCUGCAUUGGUGAGGCAUGUCCUCUUCUAUCCUUGUUGGUGACACCACUGCUGUUAAGAUGGCUCCAGUGUAGGCAAGAAGCCUUGUGCUCUGAACAGGAGCUCUCAGGAGCUUGGCAUGCAGCAAAUAAGAAUGCACAGAGAUGAGUUGCAUUGUAUUCAACUUGUCUUCCCUUGACAAAUCUGUAUGGGAAACGUGAUUUGACAGCAUUUUUCACCUCAAAAGUGUUCUGUGUUCGGAUCCCUUGUAAUGAGUCUUGACUUAAAUGGGUCAGGAAUUCAAGACUCAUUACGCUCCUUGCUCUUGACCCCACAGCACUGUUGUUUUUUCACUGCUGAGAAGGAAGCUCUUGCAUACCCUGGCUGUACCUGAAACAUGGCUUUCUCCUUGAUGGACAACUCUUCCUGGGCAUGUGCUUCUGAGGGCUCUUGUGGCACUUGGAUCAGCUUUUCCCUGGCAUGUUUGCGUGUGUGGAACUGUGUGGCUAAGCCAAAACCUGGCAAUGCAUGUCUAAAUGUUCUGUGUUUGCCUUUCUCAUCUAAAUUCUGGGGUUUUCUUGUCCUUUUCUGUCUCUAGAAAUAUUAUGGUCUGGAUACUAAAUGGGGAGACAUCGAACAAUGGAUGGAAGACAGUGAGCGUUAUUCCCGUAGAGCCAGAAGAAAUGCCUCGGCUUCGGAUGAAGAUGAGCACAUGUCAGUGGGUAGCCGUGGAAGCCUGAGGUCUCACUUGGAACAUGCCAACAUCUAUCCAGUGGCUGGAUUAGAGAAUGAGAGGACCAAAAAGAAGAACUACUCCAAAGCAACCAAUGGUUAUGAGGACGAUGUGUAUGGAUCAUCCCAGAGUAGAAAAUCUAGCAGGGCAUCGUACUACUCUGAUCUGGGGCUCCACAACAGCGGCUAUGCUUCUACAUCUCAACCUUCAUCCCAAAAUGGAAACUGGCCCUCCUUGCUGUGCAGUGAUGCCCCAGCCAGAAGUUACAGGGCGUCUGUGUAUGACGAGAGCGUUUACAGUGGGAGUCGUCGGUAUAGUGCCUCUAGUUCUCGUGCUCCUUCUGAGUACAGUUGCUACCUUGGGUCAGGAUCUCGGGCAUCCUCAAGAGCCAGCUCUGCACGGGCCAGUCCAGUGAUUGAGGAAAGGCCAGAAAAAGACUUUGAGAAGGGAGCACGUACUGUCUCAAGUCUAUCAGCAGCUACCUUAGCUUCUCUGGGGGGGACUUCUUCACGAAGAGGCAGUGGGGAUACGUCCAUCUCUGCUGAUACAGAGGCAUCUAUUAGAGAAAUAAAGGAUAUCUAUGAGUUAAAGAACCAGAUUCAGGAUGUAGAAGGCAAAUACAUGCAGGGACUGAAAGAAAUGAAGGACUCUCUAGCCGAAGUUGAAGAGAAAUAUAAGAAGGCUAUGGUGUCAAAUGCUCAACUAGACAAUGAAAAAACAAAUUUCAUGUACCAAGUAGAUACCCUGAAGGAUGCGCUCUUAGAGUUAGAAGAACAGCUGGCAGAGUCCAGGCGGCAAUAUGAAGAAAAAAGUAAAGAAUUUGAGAGGGAGAAGCAUGCUCAUAGCAUAUUGCAAUUUCAGUUCAUGGAAAUCAAAGAGGCUUUGAAGCAAAGAGAAGAAAUGCUUGCAGAAAUCCAACAGCUGCAACAGAAACAGCAGAGCUAUGUCAGGGAAAUUUCUGAUCUUCAGGAGACAAUAGAGUGGAAAGACAAAAAAAUAGGGGCGUUAGAGAGGCAGAAAGAUUUCUUUGAUUCCAUAAGGAGUGAGCGGGAUGACCUUAGAGAUGAAGUGGUUGUGCUGAAGGAGCAACUAAAGAAACAUGGAAUAAUCCCAGAUUCUGAUGUAGCCACCAAUGGGGAGACAUCAGACAUUCUUGAUAACGAAGAACACUUAGAUUCUUCCAAAACUGUUCCAGGCACAACUCUGGCAUUGAAGACUGGAGGGGAUGGGAUGUUAGGCAAAGCCAGUGAAGUGGACAUGAAAAAUGAGAUUUUGGAGGAUAUGGGGAAAAGAGAAAUCUUGCAGAAUACUGAGCAUGAGGAACACAAAGAGGAGUCUGAGGAGCAGGAAUUGCAUGCUGGUGAAAAUGCAAAGGCACAAAAAAUGGUUGAAGAAAGUGAUGCCCUGUCAACAGUGAUGUUACCAGAUAGCAGGUUUACAGUACAAAUUCAAAGCCUUACAGAACACGUAUCAGGGAGUACUUCUUCAAGUGAUGAUAAUGGUGCAGAUGAUUUGAGAAAGGUGGCAGAGUCUGCAGGCACAGCAGUCCAGCAGCCUGUCAGUACAGAGGCUGAACACUGUGACUUGAAUGCAGUGUCAAAUCAGAACUUGGAGGUGGGCUCUCUCCAAAGUCAUCAGAUGUUUGACCCUCCUCAGGAAAUGCAUAGUGACUUAGGUACAGAGCAUGAACUGGAAAAAGCUGCACCCCAACAGCAAGAUCAAGAGGAUCUUAAAAGUAGCCAUGUCCUGAGUGAUAAUGAAAUGGAUCAAGAGGCCAAAAUCGCAAGUGAGAGCUGUGAGUUGGCUUCUAACCAGGCAGGGCUCCCAGAGGUUACAGCAGCAGGCUUAAUUAGUGAAGAGUUAAAAGUGGAGAGCCACACCGAGGCACUCCAGCACUCAGAAGAAAGUGCCGAAAACCAGGUUACAAGUGUCUUGGAGGAAAAGUUUGUUGAAGGCCAAGACAGUACCGAUGGAAGAGCUGGAGAAACAGGUGAUAGAUCUGAACAAAAAAAUGAGGUUGGGAACACGGUUCAGGGUCAGUCGACGGAAACAGAGCCUGUGGGUUUGGAGGGGAUGGAGGCAUGUGGAAGUGGUGUCCCAGCAGCUGAAGUUGAAAAGGACGGCGGAGGCCAUCAGGCAUUCAUUCAGUCAGUUUCUCCAGAGGGCAGUCCUUCAGCAUCAUCAGAGAAACAAAAUAUGCAGUAUGAAUCUGAACUUGAAAAUGCUAUGGCUGAGAAGGAUGGACAAAAGGAAGCGUUAACAGAAGAGCUGGAGAUGUGUUCAGAUUCUGCAGAAACAGGCAAGCAGGAUAAGAUCUCUGUGGAGGCUGUGGACUUUAUUACUGAGGUAGAAGGAAGUGUUCUACAGCAGGCAGAGCCAGACAGAGAGAUUGUGAUGCAGGUGAUGACUCGGGAAACCAGUUUUGACCCAAGUCUUUUAGAUGACAGGAUUAAGGAGUCAGAAUUGGAAACAGGGGAUGAGUCUGGGACAGAAAAGGAAAGUAGGACAGAAUGGGUAGAAGAUACAAAGCUGAAAGUAGGAGUUCAAACUGUUCAGUCUAGUGAAGAAGCAAUAGGUGAGACAGUAGGAGAAAAAAAUACUCCUUUUGAAGGUGAAGCACAGAAUGUAGCUGAACAAGAGGAGGGUGAAUCCAAAGAGGAGUCAACUGUAGAUGUUAGUGUAGCUACUGGAAAAAAAGUUUACAAAGAAACUCUGGGAGAAAAUGAGCAAGAGUUAGAGCUUGCAGACCACCAUGGUGGUGGAUGUACUUCUGAAGAAAGUGUAAAUAAUUCCCUGGCACAGAAAGCUGAGUCAGAUGCAAAUGUUAGUGAACACAUUAUACUGGAGGAUCAAGCCAAGGGAAGACUGGAAGGUGGUGGUGAUGUCUUUGAUUUUGAUGAAGAGUCAAAACAGAUACUAGAAACUGAUAAAAAAUGUGAUGAAGAGAAAGCUUAUACACAGAAAUAUGAGGAUGAUGGAACAAAGGGUGCUGCUGGAAAAACGGCCCAAACAGAUGAAGCUGGAGAAGGAAAAGGCAAAAUAGAAACAGAAGACAUCUUGACUAAAGCUGACAGCUUGCAACAAAAAAAAGCUGAUGAGCCUGAAGAAACAGGGGAAGCAUCAUGGAGAACUGAGGAGAAGACUGAUGUGAUGGAAGAUGAAAUCAAAGCAUCAGAUUCUAAAAAAGUAGAAAAAAUACCAGAUGAAACUGUUAUGGAACAGGAUUUGGAAAGUGCUGGCAAUAACAGGGAAGAAAGCAAUGAGGAUUUGCAGAGUGGUCGAAGGGGCAAGGGUAGAUCUAGAGAUGACUGUACAAUAUCCUAAGUUCAGAAUCCCAAGACUACAAAAGCUACAUGCCAUUUGAUCAGUCCCAGUACAGAGGCAUGCGCUUUGCACAAUACAUCAGACCAUAAGAAUACUCUUAAAUUGAGGGGUUUUUUUUUAUAGGUAAUUCUCAUCAUAAUACAAUCUUAUGUAAGUGGUAAUGAUGCAAAUAUUAAGUUACUCACUGACAUACUGGGCCACAACAAAUUGUGUGUGGGUUCAGUAUUGCUGUGUCUCAGGUUAAAAGUUUAUCACUGAAAAAGCAAGCUUCACAGAUCUUCACUAUCUUGCCAUUAAAACACUUUUAGUGUGGGUAACUGCUACUGAGUAAUUUCUAUAGGAAACUUUGUUUUUCUAGCCUAGAUGAUAGAUGUUUUGAAUGUACUUAAUGUGCCCUUUGUGCACUUAUGCGCAUACUUAUGUGUACUUGCAUGCAUGAGAUCUACCCUAAGUACGUUACCACUUCACGAAGGAACUCAGUGGAUCAGCAACACUGAUGUGAUUUUGAGCCUUCUUUCUGAAUGAUUGAAGCCUAGGAACCAAUUUGGGGUUUUUUUCCCCCCAUUGGAAAAAGACGAUCCACUCAUUCCAUUUUUGUGUGUUUCUCAUAUGGUCAUAGUCCCAAGUAUAGUUAGGUCACUUUGAGCCUGUUCAGUCUAAACACUUCAGAAGGACAAUAUUCAGUUUGAAGAAAGCACAACGUAUACACGUCUUAGUUUGCUAAAGGGAAUAAAUAUUACAUGUUUACUUCAUCUGGGCACUUUGCACCACAUAGGCCUUUACUCCAUGACUCACAUGGGGGUUUUUCUGUUUUUUUUCUGAAGAAAGUGUCAGUACGCUCUGUAAUGUAUGCUUAGAUUUGCUAUUAAGUACUGUGUAGUUAUGAAUAUAUAAAAUACCUAUUUUUUCUAAGAAGAUUUUUGUUUAAAACUGUAUUUCUUUACACUUUUUUUUUUUUCAAACUAUGAUUCUGAAAGAAUCUGAAAAAUUCUUUAUCUCUGGAAAGUUCUUACCUCUUCCUUUCUGGAAAGAAGAUAACUUUGCAUGUCUUAAUUCUCACUGGACAUCAGACCAAAGACUAUUGUUAUUCUGUAUAGUAGCCCCUGUGCCUUUUUGAAAAGCUGGAUUGCUUUAAAUUGCUGGCAUAAAUUAAACAUUUUGACUCCA